AUGGAGGCGCUGACGCGAGACGGGACGACGAUCAACGCGCCGUUUUGUUUCACGGCGGGCGCGAUCGGGCUGAAACGCGCGCUGCAUCUCGAGGCGUGGGCGCGGCUGCGCGGCGGCGAGUUUCGCGGACGCGACGGGGAGAUUUUCGGCGUCGCGGGGGGGUGCGUCGGUUACGGCGAGUGCGAAGUCGGCGUGUACGCGUCGAGGGCGAACGGGGACAUCGCGGAGUGGCAUCGGGACGCGUGCGAUAACGCCACGAUUCAACUCGUCGGCAAAAAGCAGUGGGAGGUGGAGGUGUACCGCGACGCGCGCGACGGCGCGGAGCUCCGCGAGGAGCUUCGAGGCAAGUCGCGAAACGCGUCGGCGAGCGACGAGGCGACGUGCGGCGCGGAUUACAUCGAGCAAAUUUGGACCGAGACGGAGAUAGUGACGCGCGUCAUCGGACCGGGGGAGACGAUUUGCGUGCCGCGAGGGCGAAUGCAUCGCGUCGUGCCUUUGGGGGAAGGCGUGAGCGUCUCCGCGGACAUUCGCAUGACGACGAUCGAAAGCGCCGAAAUCGCGGCGGAGAUCGCGUAUCUCAAAGCGAUCGCGCUCUACGACGAGCGAAGCGUCUCGAAACGUCCCGUCGAAUUGCCUCCGAUUCAUUGGUUGCCGUUUGAAGAGGAAUUUUCCGACGGUUUAGUGCUCGGCGCUCGAUUGGAAUACAUCGUCGCCGCCGCGGCGAAUCGUUCGGGGACGCACGACGACGCGACGACGUACGAACCGGUGCGGCGGACCGACGGCACGGAAAAGUUGGGGGUCAGCGCGCGCGCGGAAACGUUGCGGCGCUCCCCGACCGCCGUUUUACAUCCGUCGUGCGCGUGCGCGGUGCGCGACGACGACGAGCGCGGGGAUUAUCACGUAUUCAACGUCAAAGCCACGUCCGCGCUGACGAAUAAAGAUCUCAUGAGCGAGUUCAACAUUUACGUUCGACGCGAUUCCGUGCGCGAGGGAGAAAUGCGCGCCUUCAACAGCCCCGUCGACUUCAUCGAAGCCGAACUAGGCCGAUUGGAGCGACAAUCGCCCGAUCGCGGGAACGACCGCAGGCUCGUGGCGCGCGACUCGGGCGAGUUUUCCGACGCCGUCUCGUCGCUCAGGGGAGUUCUUUACGACGCGAACAUUUUGCUGCCUCCGGGCAACGAUUGGUGGUUCUUUUGGUGUAACACUUCGAAACGUUUGUCCGACGCGCACCCGUCGGGUCUCGCGCGACGCGACCGCUCGCCGGCCGCCGUUCGAAUCCCCAGCAUUCAACAGUCGAUCGGGCUCCGCGCGAUCGCUUCGCAAAACUAG